AUGGCACCUCCUAUCAAGGACACCAACAUCGGACCAUCACCGACCGCUUCCAACGCAAGUACCGGCAAUGUGCCAAAUGCGUCAGACGCCGCACCUAAACCCAAACAAAGAAAACUGAAUCGUACUUUACCUCAACUGAAGCGGAACGCAGCUUGUAUCCCAUGUCGAAGGAGGAGAAUCAAGUGUGAUGCUGGGAAACCGCACUGUUCCUCAUGUGUGAGGAGUUAUCAUUUCCUCGCUAGAACACAGCCAGAUGAAGAGAGAGAUGCUAGAGGUAUUCAAUGUUUUUAUGAGGAAGAUGCAGAAGAUGUCGAUGAAGAUCGUCAUCACGCAGUACAUAUGCAUAGCAAAGGUGACAACUUGAAAGGUGCAAGUGGAUCUAGUCCAAUGGAGAUGCCUAGGGGAACAAAGCGGAAGGGAACUUCGGUUGAUGAAGACCCAAGAGAUGUCAUAAAGAAAUUGGAAGAGAAAGUCGCCGAAUUACAACAAGCACUGGCAGCUACGAGUAUGUUCAGCAACCCACCUGGCUCAUCGACAACUAUAACCUCUAACGCUGGAUUUGGCCCGGCAUAUGUCCCACCACAGCAAAGAUCACAACCAAUCAUCGAAACUAGUCCAUGGGCAGGUCCGACACCUAAUCAAUUCCCUGCGGACUUCUUGAGCGCUCCGUAUAAUCCUCCUGAUGUAGCUCCAACGGUAUCAGACACAGCUGCGAUACCUCCUUUUAACGCUCCGUUCGUCACGCCCCUCGGUCUGCCUCAAGAUGGUUCGGCUCCUCAACCCACCGGACCGCCCAGACGAUCAACCUUGCCUACCAGCUCGGAUGAUAUUGAUGCAGAAGCAGGAAGGUUCAGCGGACCAUUCUUGGAUAUACUCUUCCCCGGAUGGCCUCCUAAAUUGCCUACUCCUUCUAUGCUUGACCAUCUCGUCGAAACCUUCUUCAACAUGGUCCCAUCGGUACCGCGAGUACUUCAUCGUCAGACUUUCCUCACCAGACUAGCUCUACCUCCGACUCACGCCGAUUUCCCUCAUGUCGCUCUUUUACAUGCCAUCUGCGCUACAGCAGCCCGAUACACCGCCGCUGUCAAGUGCAGACCAGUCCCCGAAGCUAUCGAGAAGACCAAUCAAGAUGCCAAACGUGCUAAUGGGAAAGGUCUGCCUUACGAUGAUCCUGCAGACGAAACUUGUUUCUCAGAGAGGAAUGCCAGAUAUGCUAUGAACGCUAUGAAAUUCGAACAUGUCAGUGGAAGAGGCCUACUCGAUAUGCUACAAGCCAUGAUUGUCAUGGGACAUUGGGGUCAAUCAAGUGCCAAAUGGAUUGAAGGAUGGAUCAUCAUUGGUAGUGGAGGUAGACUUGCCAUUUGCUUGGGUUUGCUUGAUUAUCAACCAGACAAUUUUGGUAUGCCGGCUUUACGACAAUCGAUCCUUGGACCACCAAAGACAGAUGCGGAAAGGGAGGAACGACGAGCCGUCAUGUACUAUAUUAUGACUUAUGAUUGUAUAUCUGCGGCUUCGUCAGGCUGGCCAAAUUCAUUACCUAUCGAGGAAUUGACCGCUAGAAUGCCUUGUCAUAGGAAUGACUUUGCAAAAUUGGAUGAUAUCCCCGAGAACCCGCAGAGCUAUCAUUCUCCUGACCUAUGGACAUAUCAUCCUGUCGCAGACGGCUUCAACAUGAUGUUAAAAGACUCGGACAUAGCUGCAUUCAAUUUACAUUUCCCUCCGGCUUUGAGGGAUCCUGUGCAAUACCUGCAAGGACAUGCUAAAGGAGUUGAUGCCGACCUCAUCGCUGCCCACCUCAUACCUCGAAUAGCCAGCAUCUUCCUUCAUGAACCUUUUGCCGACGUCAGUGAUCCUUCUUGCGUCUCCGCGGCGAGGAUCCUUAUGGAAGCGAGGGCUGUGCUCAAUAUUGUCUACUUGGUCGUAAGCAGUAACGCAGAUAUAUCAUACAUGGUGAUGCCGAUUUGUUCAUGUAACUACUUCUUCACCGCUGCUCGUACUCUGCUCCUAUUCUACCAACGCGCGCUGGAGACCGGGGACCGUUCUGCUGCUCAUUCGUUCCGUAACGAGAUAGCCGUCUUCAAAAUUGCCUUCCAAGCCCUAUCCAGCCGAUUUGCGAUGGGUGCAAGACAUCUAAUAAUGAUAGAAAUGGUAUCCACGCAUAUAGAAGAGGAAACUUUGGGCCAUCCUCUACCUGAAUCAGAGGUGGUACCUAGACUGCCCGCUCAACCGCCUGCUUGGCACGUCGCUUAUCCAGAUAUGCGACGAGGAUACGACCCGUCAGGUUUUCCAGCCGAAGAGGAGCCUAGCGAACCUACCACGAGUCGACCUGGUCAUCCAGAUGCGAUGGCAGGGAUUAAGUUGGAUCAGCUGAGGUCACAGCAAAGGCAAGGGUCGGCUAUGGAUCACAUCCAUAAUAUGUCGAACAACGAAGGUAUGGAUCAUCGAAGGGAUUAUGUUAGUUCUCCUCGAGGGAAUUUCUCGGCCAGCGCAAGUGCGAGUGCAGGAUCGACCAGUCAAAGUCCCAAUGGUCCGAUAGUCUAUGUGAAUUGGCAGAGCGUUGCUAGUCAUACGACCGAGGGUCAUUUGCCCCCUGAAUUGCAGGAUCCGAAUAUGAGGACUCAGGCUCAGAUCCACGAUCCGAAGUUCUCGUUGCUCUAG